AAAAUCUUAAAAUUUCAAUGAAGUUUUAAUAAAAGGAUCAACAAUAAGUUUUUCCAUAGUAUUAAUUUUGAUGCGGCUGUAAUUAGGAAUCGGAGGAAGCGUUCGAUUGCAGCUACAUACAGAGAUUGUAGAGGGACCCCCUGUGGCUGGUCGUGCAAGCUAGUUCGAGGAAUUGUCUCUCCGCUGGUUUUGGAAACUAUGGCAUGCAGAUCAGCUCUUUGCUUGGUCAGUCGAAAGGUUUCAGGGAUAUAGUGGUCGAAGGGAGUGAGUGAUGGUGUAUCUAGCAGUUAGUAUUGUGUAACGUGUCUCACUUGCUUGAUGAAAUACCUAAAAGAAAUAUUGUUUGUGAAUGGCUAUAGUUGUUUAUGGUUUUUGUUUGAUUUUACCAACUACAACUUUAAGAUUUUGUUUACUGUGAACAGCACAUGGUGAUCGUUGUCUUCUCUACCGUUUUUAAACCGCUGGGUAUGAGUAGGUCAUUACGCACUUUUGUAAUGAAAGGCAAAAAGCCAUUUGAUAACUUAUGAACUGAGAAACAAAGCAAGUAUAAACCGAGUUUGCAAGAUAAUGCUGGUGCUGUUUCUCAUUUUUCUAUGAUUCAUACUUUCGUUAGUAGUUUAUCUGUGAUGAAGCUGUAAUAUUAUUAUUAUUGUUAUUAUUAUUUCAUUUAAUUUUAUCAAUUCAAUAAUUGAAUCCAUAGAAUAUAUGUGUAGUAUAUCAAUUGGAGAUAUCAACGUACUAUACGGAAAAGCAGCAUUAGAUUUAUUUGUUUGAUCAAUCAUACGAAAGAGUACUAAGGGUUUGCUGGUGAUGGAGACAGGAUGGUAGGGAAUGGCUCCUGUGAACUUCAGAGCACUGCAGGUAAAAAAAUGCUGAAUCUGAUUCAUUCAUGAGAGUUUAAUAUCAUACAGGUUUGCUUUGGAAGAAAAGAUUUUAGAACCUUAUCAUAAAACAAUUUUUUUUUUCUUUUCUGGAAAAAAGAUUUUACUGUCUUGUAAAAAUGAAACAUCCCACCAUUUUUGUUGUAACGUUUUCAAGUAGCUAAACAAGGUGGUGUGAAAUUCACAUGAAGGUUUCCCUACCUUCUUCAGAGUCCUAUCACAUCUGGAUGCCUGGACCAUGCCCCUCCUGUGAAGAAAAAAGAUUGAAUAGGCAUAUGUCAUGACACAACGCUUGCAAUUGUUGAAGUGGCAGGCCAGUAUAAAUUGCAGCAGAGAGAAAAAAAGGGUACCACAUUGGAAUUUCCAGCUAGCAAAUUGAGUGUGGUUGAAAGUUUGGCUAACAUAUAUGUGAUUAGCAAGGUUAGCAAUCCAGUGCCAAAUUUUUCUUUGAUUUCCAUAGUCUUCCAAAUUCAAAAAAUCUAGCCUUGGUCAUAAAAGAAGAGCUCUAACAUUUGUUUUGCAUUUCUUUUUAUAUUGUGCAAUGAUUGAAUCCAUAGAAGAUACCUGUAGUAUUUCGUAGGAUAAUCUGCAGUACUAUACGGAAAAGCAGGAAAUGAUAUAAUGUGUUGGCAAAGGUUGUAUAGGCUGUCAAAAUUAGUUGGCUGGUGAUGGGUACCUGAUGGUAGGGAAUGGCUAAUGUGAACUUCAGGGUGUCUUUCAGAAAAGUUGAUGGGAUGUCUGACUCAUUUGGCCGUGGUCAAAGUGAAACAUCCCACAAUUUUUGUAACUUUCAGUUCUUCGAGUAGUUAAACAAGCUGCUGUGAAGUUCACAUGAGGGAUUCCCUACCUUCUUCAGAGUACAGAUGCCAUCACCUCUGGAUGCUUGGAGAAUGUCCCUCCUGUAAAGAAAAAGAUUGAAAAAGUCGGCACUUUUGCUUAAAUAAUUAGUCCUCCCUGGAAGUGGUAGGUCAUGAUGUUUCAGGGAAUUCAGAAUCGGUGCAUCUAUCAUUUAUUAUAGAAGAUUAGGUUGAAGACAAAACCAUGUGAUCCUUCAUGAGUAUGACUACACCUGAUCCAAACCAUUCACUAGCUUGCAUUAGAUUAUUUCCACUGUACCUUUAAUGUUAUGUGUAUAUAUACACACAUAAACAUUUAGAUUUAAAAGCAUCACAAGUCCUUACAACCUCAAACAUCAAGAGCUCCUCCUUUCUUUUGGAAGUCCUUAACUGAUCUUUCUUCUGUUCAUUCAUACCAAAACAUGGGUUUCCGUUUGCUGGCCAUUCUUCGUGCUAAGCAAAUUCUUCAGAGGUCUUCUUCUGCAAACCAAUCAGCUUCCAUGGAUGUGCCAAAGGGCUACCUUGCAGUCUAUGUUGGAGAAAAGCAAAGGAAACGAUUUGUGAUUCCAGUAUCAUACUUGAACAAACCUUCAUUUCAAGAUUUAUUAAUCCAAGCUGAAGAAGAAUUUGGAUAUGAUCAUCCAAUGGGUGGUCUUACAAUUCCCUGCUGUGAAAACAUGUUCAUUGAUAUCAUUUCUUGCUUAAAUUGUUCAUGAGACUUGAACUCUGAACACACAAUUUUGUAGAGAGCAGAGUAGUAAGUGCAAUGUACACAAAGCAUUGGAAUUUAAUCAAUUUCUUGACCAUUUUAGAUUAUGUUCUA